UUGGCUUGUAGACAGUACAAGUUUCAGUAGUUUAUACGAGAAUUACAUCUAUGAAGCACCACGUUCAUUGUUAACGUGCAAGUUUCAAACAAAGUACGGGUUUAUUUAAGCGUCUUCGUCUCUCGCUUGAUUUAAGAUUAAGGAAGGCAAAAAUAAACUUUAUUUGCGCAGUAGCAUUAUAACUUCCAAGUUAAUUAGAGUAAAACGAGUUGCUUUAUUGUCGAGGAAAGAUGUCGACCAAACAAGCGUAUUAGACCAACAGAUGCUGGAUCACUAUCUUUCAGAAGGUUUAUGUGAAGUGUACCUAUAAUUUUGUUGGACAUCCUUCAAUAAUAGUUACAUGAAACUUUUAAACUCUUCACAAGAUGGCAAGUGCGACGAUAGAGUGCGACGUUAGUAACGAGAAAUUCGACUCGGGCAACCACAAGCCGCUUUGCCUGACCUGCGGCCACACGUUUUGCUUCUCUUGCAUUAUACGGUUAUGCGAUGUUCCCGAGACAAAAAACUGUCCGAAAUGCAGGGAACCAAUUUCCCAAGAUGCUGAUCAGUUACCAGUUAACUUCGCAUUGAUUCCUACCAAUAAGAUAUCACUUCCAAGUGCGGUGGGUUCACAGUCAAAAGCGCUUUGCCCCCAGCACCAGAAGGCGCUGGAUUACCUCUGCGUGGACUGCGUGGAGUCCGUGUGCUUCCCGUGCAGCAGGGGCACACACGCCACGCACAAAAUUGAGAUGAUAGACGACCUGCUUCAGGAUAACGAAGACACUGAUGACGUCUGGGCGAAAAUACGGCCCACGUUGCAGAACAAACUCGAUAGCGUUAGUUCGGUCGUCACGUUAUCUGAUAGUUUAUCGGGCUUUAUUGAUGACAUCAUCAAACUGAAGCCUGAUUUUGAUGGCUGGAAGGAUUUGCUGUUGGCCCAGAAAGUUUCCACCGAGCAGGACCUUCAGGCUUGGGAUGCCUCGGGCACCAGCCUGGAUGUAAACAUGAGACUCGAUUGCAAGGAAAUUCUCAGCCGUCUGAAAUUGAACUUUGGAGAAAAUGGAAAACUACCUGAAAUCAAGGCAUUACUGGAUGCUGCCGCUAAAACAAGUGCUUCGUUAGAGUUACAGACGUGCGAGCUCAUGCCGAUUGGCAAACCUUGGAUCAUCUCCAGCAGCGAUGAAGGAGAGCGAGCCCUGGCAAGCCUGGCCAGUAACAGGAAGCCCAGUCGCCUCGUGGUGCUGUCCACCCACACCCGCCCCAUCCCGGGGCUGGGGGAGCUGCUGUCCCGCCUCGCCGCCCGCCACAGCGGCAAAAUCAGCCUGCUGCCCCUGGACUCCUUCUGGAGGCCGGCUGGACAGGCGGAUGGAGGGAUGCAGAAUAUCGUCGAUAAUUUACGUGGAAAGCUGACUGCCUUGUACGGCUGCCCCAGCAUAGCCAAAUCGGGCACCUACGUCAACCUCACAAACUGCAACAUUCGUCUCGACUGCCCAGCCGAUGUACUGCAUGUUGCUUACUAUACUCGAAAUACUUUGAGUUCUACUAUCCGUGAGUAA